CCCCUGUGUUAAAAUAUGAGUGUAACCUCUGUGUGUGUGUGUGUGUGUGUGUGUGUGUGUGUGUGUGUGUGUGUGUGUGUGUGUGUGUGUGUACACAGAGGGAAGCGUUUUGUUGCGAUGAAGGUGGUGAAGAGUGCGCAGCACUACACGGAGACGGCACUAGAUGAAAUUAAACUACUCCGAUGUGUGCGUGAGACUGAUCCUGAAGAUCCUAAUAAAGACAUGGUGGUUCAACUCAUAGACGACUUCAAGAUCUCCGGGGUGAACGGGAUACACGUGUGUAUGGUGUUUGAAGUUCUCGGUCAUCAUUUGCUGAAGUGGAUCAUCAAGUCUAAUUAUCAGGGCUUGCCGUUACCCUGCGUCAAGAGCAUCAUCAGACAGGUGCUGCAGGGCCUGGAUUACCUGCACAGUAAGUGUAAGAUCAUCCACACAGACAUCAAGCCGGAGAACAUCCUGAUGUGUGUGGACGACGCGUUCGUGCGGCGCAUGGCGGUGGAGGCCACGGAGUGGCAGAAAGCAGGAGCGCCGCCGCCCUCAGGAUCCGCAGUCAGCACGGCUCCGCAACUCAAACAGGUGAGUGGAGGAUAUGAGGGAGACGAGGCUGUGCUCAACACGAGCUGUGCGUGAC